AUGUAAAUUAGAUGUACUUAAGCAGAUCAUCGAAAUCAAUAAAUAAUCGGGUUUUGUAUAGAUAGUACAUGCCCAAAUUAAAGACCGUAUUGUAAUUUUUGUUUGCCUCGCCAUAGCGAACAUCUUGAAAUGUUAACAUCCAUACAACUUUUGUUUGAAUGGAUUUAGAAAGGAAUCCUUAGGAUAAAAAACGUUGAAAAGAAUGUUUAAGAGAUUAAAGUCGCCCUUGAUAGUCUUAAUUUGUUCCUUCCUUAUCUUAACUUUAAUGUUUAACAAUUUCCAUAAUUAGGAUUAUCUCAGAUUGACAAAUUAAUCAAAGAUUUAUGUAAAAUGGAAGAUUGUGAAAAAA